AUGUCGAACCUCUCCUGCGAGCCGACGUGCUCCGGCCUCGAGAAGUUCGUGCUGUACCAGACCAUGAGCCACCUCUACAUCGUGGGCUGCGACAAGCGGCAGGCGUCCUACCGCGUCCUCAAGAUCCUGCGGGCGGCGGCGGGCGGCGACUGCAAGCUCGGCGACGUCGCGACGGAGGACUCGUGCGCGUACUCCAAGGUCGAGCUCAAGGAGAUGCUCGAGAUGAUCCACGAGGGCAACCGCACGCACGGCGGCCUGAGCCGCGUGGCGACGGGCUACGGCCUCCUGGGCUUCGCGCGGUUCCUGGACUGCUACUACGUCAUCCUGGUGACGCAGCGCCGCAAGGUCGGCCAGAUCGGCGGCAACGCGGUCUACGGGAUCAAGGCGACGGAGAUGAUCGCCAUCAAGCCCGAGAGCGCGCGCAGCGGCGACCAGUCGCUGAUCAAGUCGCUCCGCUACGUCGGGCUCUUCCAGUUCAUCGACCUCACGAAGGACUUCUUUUUCUCCUACACCUACGACCUCACGCGCACGCUCCAGCACAACAUGACGUCGGCGCUCCCGGCGGCGGGCGCCGGCGAGGGCGGCCCGCGGAACGCGCCGCGCAAGGCCAUGUACGCGUGGAACGACCACCUCACGCGCGAGUUGGGCGACGCCUUGGACGCGCGGUCCGCGGCGCGCUGGACGCUCGCGCUGACGCACGGCGCCUUCGUGCAGCGCAAGUGCACUUUGUUCGGCCGCGUCGUCAACGUGACCCUCGUCGCGCGGCGGUCGCGCCACUUCGCGGGCACGCGGUACCUGAAGCGGGGCGUGUCCGACGGCGGCAAGGUCGCGAACGACGUCGAGCUCGAGCAGAUCGCCCACGAGGAGGGCGUGCGCGAGGGCGUCUUCUCCAGCUUCGUCCAGGUGCGCGGGUCCAUCCCGACGUUCUGGACCCAGGAGACGUCCGUGACCAUGCCCAAGCCGCCCAUCGUGCUCAACCGCGUCGACCCGACGUACGCGGCGUCGCGCGCGCAUUUCGGGGACCUCAUCGGGCGCUACGGCGCGCCCGUCAUGGUGCUGGACCUGACGAAGCAGUCGGAGAAGCGCGAGCGCGAGAUGAUCGUGAGCCACGAGUUCCGCCGGGCCAUCGAGCACGUCAACGCGCACGUGCCCGCGCCGCGGCGCGUCCGCUACUGCGCGCUCGACUUCUCCCAGGUGUCCAAGCACCGCCAGAUGAACAUUUUGAAGGCGCUGGAGGACGUGGCGCGGUGGACGCUCUACGAGACGCGCUUCUUCUGCAGCCGGCCGCGCGCGGAGGUGUCGCCCGGGGGCGACGUGAGCCGCCUCGACGUCGGCGUCGGCGACCACGCGGGCCGCGACGACCCGGACCGGGCGCGGGCGCCGCCGCUGGAGCAGCGCGGCGUCAUGCGCACGAACUGCAUCGACUGCCUCGACCGCACGAACGUGGCCCAGUUCACCGUGGGCGCGCUCGGGCGCAUGCUCGCGACGAUGGGCGUCUUCAAGAGCGCGACGCUGGAGAGCGGCUCCCAGGUCGUGCUCGUGCUCAUGGAGCUCUACUCCACCGUCGGCGACCUCAUCUCGCUCCAGUACGGCGGCUCGGAGGCCCACAAGAAGAUGGGCGGGACCGGGCCGUCGGCGUCCGCGGGCGGCGGCGACGACGCGGCGCGCGCGGAUUUCGGGGCCGUCGCGCCCAAGCACCAGGAGCUGCUCACGUCCAUCCGGCGCUACUACAGCAACGCCUUCACGGACCGGCUCAAGCAGGACGCCAUCAACGUCUUUUUGGGGAAUUUCGUGCCUUCCGACGCGGAGCCGCCGCUCUGGGAGCUCGAAUCCGACUACUACCUCCAC